AACAUGAUAUCGUUGCUUGAGUUUCUUCAGGGGGCGCCACUCCAGCUUCCUCCGAGCCCCCCAGCCCACCCCGGCCCUAACACCACCAACUUCCGCUACUCGUUCACCUUCAUGCAGCCCGCAGCUCAGUGGGACCAGUUUAACCUCACAGCGAUCAUGCAGAGCUAUGGCUCGUUGUUAUCGGCUGUCCGCAAAGCGCGGGAUCCAUUCCUGAGCUCGCCUGCCCGGCCAUUCAACCAUGAGGUUCUCCUCCAAGCCGCGAUCGCAGAGCACAUCAUACCACGAGUUCGUCGUGCAUUACCCGACGAACGGCCCUCGGAUUUGGUCCUGGCCCCAACCCAGCGACCCCAGAAAGCUUUACGCCUGACACAGCGUUCUUUUUCGCCGGCCUCAUGCCCGGGACAGGGCCCAACCGCGGCCCUGGGGACAUCAAGCCGAGCUGAAAAUGAUACUACCAAGUACUGAGCCAGUUGAACUGGUACAUGAAACAGCAUCGUGCCCGGUACAGGUUCAUCCUCACGGACGUGGAGCUUGUGGCAGUGAGAAGACUUGACUACAACGGCAGCCUGGAGCUCUCC